CUCGCGUCGCGUGCGUGCGCAUGAGGUCUCCAGUUGGCUCGUCGCUCGGGCUUUUAAGAUUAUUGUAUGUUUUGAUUAUCUUGAAAUGUUUGGUCUGUCUCAGCAUACACGGCAAAUCAGCAGCUUCUUGGUCGUGUUCUUCUUCUAAUAUGUCCACUUCCGGCUGCAGGUCAGCAGUGUGAAACCGAGGGACACCGAGCUCACGCGCAUUCGUUUCAUUCAGGACGCGUUGAAGAUGUUUGACGCGCACGGGAUUCCCUUCAUUGUGCUGGACAUCACCUGUCUGAUCCUCGCUGGCCUUCCUCUGGCGGCCUUUAACAUUGGUAAACUCAAGCCCUAUCAGAGGGGCUUUUUCUGUAAGGACGAGAGCAUCGGUUACCCGUUUCACUCCAGCACCAUCACCUCCAAUGUGCUCUACACAGUGGGCUUCACACUGCCCAUCUGUAGUAUGAUCAUUGGCGAGUGUGUUUCGGUGUAUCUAAAACGUAUCAAAUCAAAGUCCUCUUUCAGCAACAGCUAUGUUGCUUGCAUCUAUAAAGCAAUCGGAACCUUCCUGUUCGGUGCUGCCAUGAGCCAGUCCCUCACCGACAUCGGCAAGUACUCAAUCGGCCGGCUGCGACCUCACUUCCUGUAUGUGUGUAAGCCUGACUGGAACUUGAUCAACUGCUCGAGUGGAGCUUACAUCGAGAAUUUCUCCUGCACAGGGGACGCGAAGAUGGUAAACGAGGCCAGGCUGUCCUUUUACUCCGGCCACUCCUCGUUCUCCAUGUACUGUAUGCUGUUCCUGGCACUUUAUCUGCAGGCUCGAAUGAGGGAUGAAUGGGCUCGACUCCUGCGACCCACAAUCCAGUUCUUCCUGAUUGCUGCAUCUAUAUAUACGGGACUGUCCCGUGUCUCGGACUAUAAGCACCACUGGAGUGACGUCCUCACGGGCCUCAUACAGGGAGCGAUCGCGGCCUUACUGGUGGUCUUUUUUGUGUCCGAUUUCUUCAAGAAGCCGGCGGCCGUGCAGAAAGAUGACGAUAUGGUGCACAACACCCUGCAGGAGACGCCGACUAACGGAAACCACUACGACGUCACUAACUGAAGCUGCAAGGAACCCUCGUUCCGCAUCUCGCUGUUCCGACAGCACGGUCUUGUCAGCGCACACUGACUGUGAGGAAGGACCACUGGGGUGGAAACCUGUGAAUGCAACCCCUGCUUUCCCCCUCUGCUAAGCCCAGACUCUGGGUUCCAUGAUGCCUUUGGGCUGCUGAUGCUGCUUUCCUGUGUAUGAUGCUAACAGAUUUGCUCCUCCGGCAACUUUGUUUUAAAGAACGAAGAAAAAAAAUAACUAUUGCUAUACACUUUUUUUUAAUUAAAAUUAUGUUAAAACACUAUGUACAAAAAAAAAAAAAAAAAAAAAUACGCAUCGUGCUGUUCAAAGAAAGGAAGAAAAGUCAUUACAGUUGUGAACCUGAAUGUUAAUAAAUGUGUUCUGUCA